CUGAAAGAGGAGUCAAGCCGAUGCGUUGUCUCCUCACAACUGAGUAGAAUGGAUUAAGGAUAAGAGGGAGGGAAAAAGUUACAGAUCGUCGGUCCCAACGAUCGGAAAUGAAAGGACAGAGCUAAUAAUUGACGCGAUUGCAGCCGUUGUCCUUUUUAGGAUCGGAAGCUCAAGAAGCUAUUCAAAUAUUAUUGUCAACGAUCUGAAUUACUGGAGAGCUUCUUUUUUCUUAUGUGAGGGUCACAUUGCUUUUCCCUGGAAUCAAAAGAGUCCUGAAAUUAAGUACCGAAGCAUUUCUUUUUGGUCUUGCAAGUGCAGCCAUGGUCUUCCUUGGACACCAAGAAAUACAGAACUUCGAUAUAUGACGGCCUCUGAGUUAAAUGUCUCCAUGGGUGACAUGAGAUUGUUAUCAUCACAUGCAAAACCCCAUCCUCAAGCUCGUCAGAUGGGGUCCUUCAAAGUGUCCAUGUCAAGUCCUGGCAUCAUCUAUGAACCAUAUGCACCUCGGGAACCAAUUGCUUUCUGGCGAAGAUGGUUCACAAGAAGUGGUUGGAGAAGAACAAAGGAGGAUAUUAUUUUGGAGCUAAAAAGUGCUUAUGCAAUUGCUAAACUACGGAAAUCUGGAUAUUCGAAACAGAAAUUUUACAAAGAAGCCCUGCACUUAUACAAGGAGAUAAACACCCAAAUUUCAAAUGGUGACAAAACAUCACUGAGGAAAACAGUGACGGAAAAUAUGUACUCUGCUCUCAAGAAUGAAAUCAAACAAAGGGAAUCAAUGUGGAGUAAGGUGUUCUGGGAACUAGUGGAGCCAGUUGUUAAAAUAAGAACACUACGAGCUCGAUUGAUUGGUGUUGAUCGCAAUGACCUCAAAAAAGUGUUUAUACAGCUUACACUUGAGUUUCUGACUAAGCAGAAGUUCGAGGCAUAUGAUUCAAAGGGGGCUGUUGUUGCUGGAGACAAAAACAAGGAGGUCCUUGUCCGCGAGAUCUGGGUUUUUGAGAAAUCUCUCUUCCAUGCUGGGGCCUACUGGCGUCUGUGCGGACGAAUUAAAGCACAGCCAGCCUAAUCUUUAAUUUGCGGCAGUAGCCAGCCAAUGAUGGCGUUUACUUGACGUUUCUCCCUUCUUUGCCAUGGUGGUCCUUUUCUCCUUUUGGAUGGUGGUCUCCUCCCUCAUAAUGGUAACCAUAGGCUAACUUAAUGUUUUUGUCUUUUUUAACGUUCAAAAUAAAUAUUAUCCAGUUCUUUC